AUGUAUAUCUUUUCUGUUGUCACUGGCCUCUUGAAGAAAGCAGAAAACAUUUCGGCCGUAGAAAGGGAACUUAAAUUUGUGGAAGCUUUGGAAGGCACUUGCGAGCGAAUGCUGCAAUAUAAAGUGCAUAAAGAGAAAUCAGACAUUUCGCGAUUUGCCAAAGAAGAAAGCACCACAAUGAAAGCUUUGAAUGAGCUAAGAAAUAAAGGAGUUAAGGUGGAAUUAGGUAUGCCAUACGAAAUGUGGGAUACUCCAUCCGUUGAAGUCGUAACAUUAAAACAGAAUUGUGAAACACUGUUAGAACAUUAUGAAAAUGAUCUCGAACAAUGGUACUAUAAUCAAGAUAGACCGCUACUUGAGGUGGAAUAUCUUUGUAAAAAGCGAGUAUUGAAACGUAUGGAACGUGAUUGUAUGAAAACUUCUAACAGUCUGGAGUUAUAA